AAAUUCCUCAAGUUUCGGGUCUUUGUUAAGAAAGUUUUCACGGAUUGGGAGUUUCGUUUCUGCCCAUCAUCUGGUGCCUCAACAAUAGUCAAACUUUGAAGUCGUGACUAUUCUCGGUGGAGCUACUGCAACGGGACGAUAUUAUGUGGAUUAUUUCGCUGUUCUGUGACGAACAUUCCUGAUUUGAAGAAGAAGAAGAAGAAGAAGAGGAAGAGGAGGAGGGAGGUCUUCAGGAGGAUCAACGAUGUGGCACAACUCUCCGACAACAUCGCCCUUCUCUGUUUGGGACAAAAUGGAUGAUCAGCUGGACAAAGAGGGCGAGAAAGAACGACAGCAGCGGGAUGAGAAGGAGAGCAACGAGGCUGAGGACGACAUGAGAAGUGAUGAAGAUGCCGACAACGAGGAAGAGGACGAAGAGGAGGAGGAUUCGGAGGGUGCGGCACUGGUCUGGCAGGAGAGCUACGACAAUGACAGUCUUGGUCUUCCCAUCAUGCACUGGGAGGCUCUCAGCCUGCGCAUUGCUGAGUUGGAAAAACAGGAGGUGGAGAGGAAGGAGAGAAGAGCCAAGAGUGGCGUGUCGCUGGAGCGAGGGAGAACACCAGUCAGCUGGAAGGAGGAGAGAGGGAGGCGAGCCGAGAGCUGGGAGGACAGCGACGACGCCUGCAACAGUCACGUGUCGGCGCUCACCUCCCGCCUGCAGACUCAGAUGAACCUCCAGCUCUGCUUCAUCAACAACAGUGAAAGUGAGGAAGAGGAGGAAGCGAAGAACGCCGGCGAGAAGGAGAGCAGCACUGCCCGGAGAGGGACUCUGCAGACUCCGCCCACAGCUAAGGUAGAGAAGCCUAAAUCCCGAGGUUUCCGGAACACGCUGAGGAACCUGAGAGACAGACUGAGGACAGACCACAAACAGCUGACUGCAGCUCGUUGUGAUCCAGCUCAGAGGAGACAUCUGGAGCGAAGUGACUUACAGAACCUCACUAUGAAAGAGCUCAAUGCUCUUUGUAAGUCUCUCAGCCAGACCAUACAAGACCUCAGCUCAGACCUGGUGGGCCGCCUCCAGGUACGGGACCAGCUGAGGACGGAGCAGGACGCCAUGCUUCUGGAGGUCCAAGACUUGACCUCUCUGACCUCGCCCAGCUGAAGCCCUAAAGUGCUUCACCUCUAUGAACAUCUCAGUCGGACCAGCUCCACUGGUUAUGAUCACUGUGAACACUUUUUCUCGCACGGUAUCUUCCUGUCUGUAACUGUGGUGCGAGAGCCAUGUUUGUCCAGUGGGUGGCGAUGAUGAUGGAGCACUGUGGUACAACAGAAGGAAGCAGGGAGUUUUGCAACUUCAAACAAGCCACUGAUUUAUUUUUCUUUAGGGAACAUUCCAUUAUGACCACCACAUCUUGAUCAAAGUAUUUCUGAUGGGGUCUCACACCAUUGAUACAGAAGUGCACACAUAGUUUCAUUUAAAAUGUUACAUUUGACACCUCCAUCUUUAAAAAAAUAUUGACAUAACCUCUGCCUCACAGGUUAAUGAAUUGAACUAUCACAGCGACCAACAGAAUAAGGGCAUUGCAAGCGCCCUGCUGGUCGACCACCUUGAAGACAACUCACAUUACGCUUUGACAAUUACCUUCUGUUCAUUUGCAAUAAUGAAUCAGUUGACCACUUUACUGAAACAAAACGCACAACUGAUUCAUGUAACAGCUGUGUUCAAUUGGCUAGUCAAGUAGCGAAUGUGCUAACUACAGUGAGAGCGGACAUUACUGUAGAUGAGUCAGGAAUGCUAAAGGUUAGCAUUCAUCAUGGCGGUUAUUUCUCUCUCAAGUCGUCCUCUACAUAUCGUACGCCUCUGGUCUCCUGCCCGUCUCACCUCAGCUAUUUAUUAUUCAGAGGUCAAUGACUGCAAUUAUUUUUCUUAUGUAGACUUUAAAUGGGGGAACGACUAAAUGUGUAAUGAGGGACGUUGCGUUUUGCAUGUGUUCAUGUUACAUGCAAGCGUCUACUUAAAUAACCUCUGUACUUCCCUAUUUGUUUGGAUGUGCAACACUGACUGGAACACUAAAGCAGCUGUCCUCAGAACAGUUUCAAACGACAAUGUUUUGUGCCAAAAAUGAGUUGUAUUUGUAAAUGUGCAAUUUGUCUUCAAGCAAAUACUUUUUUUACUUCAAUCGGAUUUUUAAAUUGAAAAGGGCUUUUUACUUUCUUAAUACCCGUCCGAACAAGUUUUAUAUUUCUGCUUGUGGUUGACAUUUCAAGGGACUAUUAGUGCCAAUACAUCGGUUAUGUCAUAGAUGCUGGUUUUGCGUGUUACAGUGUUGUCAUAACAACCACUCUGCCUUGAAGCUCUGAUCGGGCUGUGCUGCCACAUCAUGUUUUUGUUAAGUUGAAACUGUUCUAAUUUUAUACAAACGAUCGACAUCCUUUGCUGACGUAAGAAAUGUAUAGCUGUCAAUGUUUACAUAUGACAUGUUUAACAGCAGUGUAUAGAUGUGUAGUUGUUGUACAUUAUUGCUGCAUGUACUCUGACUGUCAAUCAUUGGUAAAACCUUUCUAAAAUUGCGGUGGUGGUAAUGACUGUUUGCCUGGCUGCACCUGAUUGUUGAGUCACAGAGUUAAAGUGUAACUAUUUGUUGCUAAACAAAUAAAGUGCCCCCUGUUUUA